AUGAAGUUCGGAAAGGAAUUCGCGGCACAGAUGGUGCCCGAAUGGCAAGAAGCAUACAUGGUUUAUGGUAAGCUCAAAACCUUGUUGAAAGACAUCCUACACUUCAAGCAAAGAAACAGGCCACCGGCCACCCCAUGCGGCCUAAAGCGAGAGCUCACACUUUACAGAGCUUUUAGCGGCCUUACACAAAGAUACAACGACCACCCCACAACCCGCGAUGAUGAUCAUGACAUUGAAAGCCAAGCCAUUCUCGUAAAUUCAGUAAGCCGGGAUGGCUCACAAAUCUAUCAGACAACAUUUCUCAAGUCCGACAAUGAAGGGGGAGAGUACGAGUUGGUUUACUUCAGGAGGCUCGACGAUGAAUUCAAUAAAGUGGAGAAGUUUUACAGUUCUAAGGUGGAGGAGGUUAUGACGGAAGCGGAUAUGUUGAAUAAGCAAAUGGAUGCUUUCAUUGCUUUCCGAAUAAAAGUGGAGAAUCCUCAAGGCUGGUUUGAUAGAUCAGUUGAGAUGACUUCUCCUGCUUCAGAUGUUGCAGCUUCUGCAGCUGCAUUGUCGGCUUCAACACCGAGAGGGGCCAGAGGAAGUAGAAGAAAUGUCAUGUCGAUGGAUUUGAUUGAAGAGGUGGGAUCGAAUAGCCAUGGACAAUCAGAUGAUUCGAGUGAUCAGGAAAAAUAUGAGGAGGAGACCAUUGAUGUUGUCAAUCAAGAGGUUCAAGAACAGAGGCCGAAUAACAUCAGGGCAAGUAGACCAGCUCCUCUGGAAGUACUUGAUCGUGUGAAAAUAAACAACACCCGGGAGACUCCUCGCUCCACCAUUAAGAGCAUCCUCCAUUAUCCUAAUCAGACGGAGCUGAAUUUCAACACGGAAAAUCUUAGGAAAGUUGAAGAACAACUUAAGCGGGCUAUUAUUGAAUUUUACCAGAAGCUCCGGCUUCUCAAAAGCUUCAAACAGCUUUUGAAUACACUGGCAUUUUCAAAGAUCAUGAAGAAAUAUGAUAAGAUUACUUCAAGGGAUGCAUCAAAAUCCUACACGAAGAUGGUGGAUAACUCCUUCCUCGGAAGCUCUGAUGAGGUUACCAAGCUUAUCGAAAGGACUAAAGCUGCAUUCAUCAAGUAUUUCUCCAACUCUAACCACACUAAAGGCAUGAACAUCUUAAGACCCACGGCAAAGAGAGAAAGACAUAGGACUACAUUUUCCAUGGGUUUUUUUGCUGGCUGCACGGCAUCUCUGAUAUUAGCUCUUAUUUUAAAUAUACGCACUCGUAAACUCAUGAAUAAUAAAGGGGCAACCGAAUAUAUGGAGAACAUGUUUCCCCUAUACAGUUUGUUUGGCUUCAUAGUUCUGCACAUGUUAAUGUAUGCUGCCAACAUAUACUUCUGGAGGCGGUACCGAGUCAACUAUUCCUUCAUAUUCAGCUUCAAGCAAGGAACCGAGUUGGGCUACCAACAAGUUCUCCUCCUCAACUUUGGUCUUGCAGCACUAGCACUAGCUAGUGUUCUCUUAAACCUUGACAUGGAAAGGGACCCAAAAACAAAUGAUUACAAAGCAUUGACAAAACUUCUGCCUCUCAACAUGGUUCUUCUUGUAGUUAUCAUAUUAUUCUUUCCAUUCAACAUAUUAAACAUAACAAUAGCUAUUUCAGAGGGAUGCCUCCGUGGCCUUCUAUUUCAGAGGGGGAAGAGAGCACUUAAGUACCUGAGUGGAGCGUCUAGUCUCAAUAGCAUUGCUACACCUAUGUGA